CAGUCGCGCGCGCAUUCAGUGAGCGGGUUUGGAAGGCGCUCGAGCUCACUUCAUCACCCAGCCUUAUCCCUCACUCCAGCACACAGCUCUGCGCUUCUUUUUUCUUUUUUUUCCUCUUUUUUUUAAAAACUCUAGAAAUCAUAUAAGUUAUUACAAAGCGCCAGAAUUUUUCCAGAAGCAUUUCUGGCAGUUUUGCAGCCUGGAGGAAUAUCAUCUCGGAUAAUAUCCACAAAGCCGAAAAGGAGGAGAGAGACAGAAAGAGAGCGAGAAAGAGAGAGAGAGAGAGACACGGAAAGAGAGAGGAUGGCAACGACAACCUGUACACGCUUUACCGACGAAUACCAGCUUUAUGAAGAACUCGGAAAGGGAGCUUUUUCAGUCGUGCGACGGUGUGUCAAGCUGUGCACAGGCCAAGAAUAUGCUGCCAAAAUAAUCAACACCAAAAAGCUCUCAGCCAGGGAUCACCAGAAGCUUGAACGUGAAGCUCGCAUUUGUCGUCUUCUCAAGCACCCCAACAUUGUCCGACUCCAUGACAGUAUAUCAGAAGAAGGCUUCCACUACCUCCUGUUUGACUUGGUCACCGGUGGCGAGUUGUUUGAAGACAUUGUAGCACGAGAAUAUUACAGCGAAGCCGAUGCCAGUCAUUGCAUCCAGCAGAUCCUGGAGGCGGUGCUUCACUGCCACCAAAUGGGCGUGGUGCACCGAGAUCUCAAGCCAGAGAACCUGCUCCUGGCCAGCAAAUGCAAGAAUGCAGCGGUGAAGUUAGCUGAUUUCGGUCUGGCCAUUGAAGUGCAAGGGGACCAGCAGGCCUGGUUUGGAUUCGCAGGUACACCAGGUUACCUGUCUCCUGAGGUGCUAAGGAAAGAGGCUUAUGGAAAACCUGUGGACAUUUGGGCUUGUGGUGUUAUCUUGUACAUUCUGCUCGUGGGCUACCCUCCUUUCUGGGAUGAGGACCAGCACAAACUGUACCAGCAGAUCAAAGCCGGAGCCUAUGAUUUUCCUUCUCCAGAGUGGGACACAGUCACCCCUGAAGCCAAGAACCUCAUUAACCAGAUGCUCACCAUCAACCCGGCCAAGAGGAUCACUGCACAGGAAGCGCUUAAACACCCAUGGGUCUGCCAACGCUCGACUGUGGCCUCCAUGAUGCACAGACAAGAGACAGUAGAGUGCCUGAAGAAGUUCAACGCCAGGAGAAAACUCAAGGGAGCCAUUCUCACCACCAUGCUGGUUUCACGCAACUUCUCUGUGGGCCGGCAGACCACAGCUCCGGCCACGGUCUCGGCGGUGGCUGCUGCUGCUGCAGCCGGCACUGCCGCCGGCCUGGUGGAACAAGCAGCCAAGAGCCUGCUCAACAAGAAGGCUGAUGUCAAGAAACGGAAAUCCAGCUCCACCGUUCAGUACAUGCCACAGUCAAACAGCACGAAAAACAGCAUAGUCACCAGUCCUAAAGGGAACAUCCCCUCUCCUGCUCUGGAGGCUCAGACCACUGUUAUCCAUAACCCAGUGGAUGGGAUCAAGGAGUCCUCAGACAGCAGCAACACCACAAUCGAGGAUGAGGAUGUUAAAGCACGCAAACAGGAGAUCAUUAAGAUCACAGAGCAGCUAAUUGAGGCUGUGAACAAUGGGGACUUCGAGGCCUACGCGAAGAUCUGCGACCCUGGACUGACUUCUUUUGAACCUGAGGCCUUGGGUAACCUAGUAGAGGGCAUGGACUUCCAUCGAUUCUACUUUGAGAACUUGCUGUCUAAGAACAGUAAGCCCAUCCACACCACCAUCCUGAACCCUCACGUGCACCUGAUCGGCGAGGAUGCCGCCUGCAUCGCCUACAUCCGCCUUACUCAGUUUGUGGAUGGCCAGGGCCGGCCACGCAGCAGCCAGUCAGAGGAGACUCGUGUGUGGCAUCGCCGUGACUCCAAAUGGCAGAAUGUGCACUUCCACUGCUCGGGCGCUCCUGCCGCCCCACUCCAGUGAAGAGUGGGACGGCAGCGGGGUGUGUUUUGACACUUGGGACAAGAACGAGAGGGAGGAUCAGCGGGGACGGCAGGAAGAGUCCAGCAUUGGAGAGCUCAGGAGCUUUCAGCCUUCCAGUUCUGGUCACAGCUGUCCACGCCUGCAUGCAAAACCUAUACCUGUGUCUCCACCUACUGGACUGCUCUUCCACAAUUGCAUCCUGCCACACUUCCCCACCACCCAAAACUUUUCAAUACAUAACACAACAUUGGCACCAGUGCACUAACACACACACAACACGCCACUGCUCACUAACACUUAUGCCAAGAUUCAAGUGAAUGAUACAUACAUCAGUCCAGGAGAGCGAGCACAGACUCUAGGUUCAGUGUUAUAGCCUGUGCAAUGCCUUUUACCCCCACAAUCCCCUUCUCCCUGCCUCACUCUCGUCUCCAUUGGCCUUAUGACCUGUGUGCCCAGGCACUCCUCACUAUAAUAGAUCACGUGUUAAUGAAGUACUAUAUCAGCAUUAUUAUGAUUGUUGUAAUGGCUACUACUUUUUAUUAUUACUACUUCUAUAAUUUUAAGUAUUGAUGUUGUUCUAUUGUUUAUUUAGUCAAAAAUAAUGUAUAAAUAGUCAAAUUAUUGAUGUAAAUCGAUUUGAACAGUUAUCCUGGAAGCAAGGAUUUGUUGUUUUAUCUAGUGGGGGUUUUAUUUGUUGUUUUGAGUCAAAUGAAGUUUACUUCGGCAGCAUGGUGCGGGUAUUAAAUGCGUGACUACGCAUUACUGUAUACAUAACACGAGAGGACGACACCGUUCAAACAGAAGCUAACCGUCUCCGUCUUGCAUUCAUGCAGCUAGGUGAUUAUCGUCUGUAGUCACAGUGUACGUCUUAACUGAUAUCCGUGCAUUUUUAUUGGGUCUGCUGAGGCACGCUCCCGGGAAAGUCGUUUUGCAGAGGUUUAUUUAGUCCCCCUUUAAAACGGUUUAUAAGAAACUAAGGUUGUGACUGAUGAUGGAAGCACAACCUUACUGCACUGUUAGAAUUCGUAAUUGAUGCGAUUUGAAAUGAUUGGAAGAGCGACGAGUUGUGUGUGUUGUAUUUCCUGCCUAAACAGUAUGGGACAAUCCUAGAGGAAGAUUUUAUAGAGAUAUAGAGUUAUUAAGGCGCAUUAUGGAUUUAGAUCAUCAGGUUAACAGUUAAGAUAAAGAGAGUAUAUGAAAUAUUGAUAUAAAUCUAGUCAUUCAGUGUUUUAUUUUAUUUGUCUAUAUACAGGGUACUAACAUUGUUUUUGCAUUUUUUAUAUUUAUUUGAGCGUAAGAGGGUUUUUUUUUUUCAUCAGUCUUUUUAGAAAGUGUGUGAUGGGGCGAUAUUUCUUGGGUUCCUCACUGAUAUGGGGAUAAACAGUCUUCUUUUGACCUCUUGAAUGUGAAACUAGUUUAAUAAAAACGAAUGGGAAGCUUAAGUGCUUUCCCCUAUAUAUAUAUAUGAGCCACAGGAUGCAGAGGAAAGAAUCACCAUUUGUUUUCCCCUAGAUUAUGAAAAGAACGGGAAAAAGCCACUGCAUGGGUAUCAGGGAUACACAAGUGUGUGUGUGUGUCCGUGUAUGACACUGAUUUUUUUUAAUGCUGUUAUUAAGUUUAAAUAGCAUUUUUUAAGGUAUCUCACUGUCAAGCUGUUAAGGAAAUUCACUGGAAGACUGCUGAUUUUUUUUUUUAUUUCAAUUUAUUUCUCUUUUAUUCUUUUACAUUUUGUUCUGAAAUGUGAUUAUGGUUUUGUAGUAUGUUUCUGAACCCCACACAUCACUUCAGAGAAGACCUCUUUGUAAAUGGUGAACCGUAUGAGACCUUUUUUCGAAGCAAUCAAAGCAGCAUGUCAGCAUAUUCUAGUGCAGUGUUGUUCUUUCUUUCUUCUGCGUGUUUAGUAUUGCAAGGAAUCCUUGAGAUCUAUAACAGAGUUAAAUUUUAGCAAAAUAGAUAUCUUGUAAAACCGCUAUGUAGUGCUAACAUAAUAUACAGUAGGUGGCAAUUAACUUGCAUGAACUUUGGCAUAAUUUUUUGGUGACUUUAUUUUUCAUUUGAUUCUUUGUUUCUUUUCUACUGAAUGCUGGUGAAUUAAGCUACCGCUACCGAUUUUCAGAGUUUUGUAAGUGUAUAUGACUAUUUUUGUCUCUAGAACAUGAUGAUUAUGAUAAAUUCUGACUAUCACAGUAAACCGUGUCAUGAUGAUUGUAUGGCAUGCUUUUGUACAGGGUUUUGGUGUUGUCUGAGCAGUGUUGCGCAAUCAUAAUUGGAGUGUGCCAUGAGGUAGCUUUGAAAUGAGUGUUUCAGAUACUCUUUUUCAAUAUCCGAACCUCUUCAUGUUAGUUUGCAUAAUGUUAGUGUCUGUGGUGAUGGACCUGGGAAGAAUUCUGCAUGGAUCAAAUCCAGGGGUGGAAAAAGUACUGAGAAAUUAUACUUAAGCAAAAGUGUCAAAAUCUUGUUUGAAAGUGGAAGUAUCCAGCCGAAAAUGUACUCAAGUAAAAAUGUUGCUACUUUGAAAUGUACUUAAGUAUUAAAAAGUAAAACAUAAAAGUUUUUAACUGAUGAAAUUAAGCAAUGUCAUGUUUUUAUAUGAAAACUCACAUCUAUUACUUAUCUAAAAAUGUUAAAAGCAACUAUGCCAGUUUGCCUGAAAACACCAUUCAAUUUCUGUAAGUUUGCUGGACAUACGCAUAACUAACGCAAUGUAGUUUACUAAAGAAUUAAUCCGAAGUACAAUAUUAUGUAAAUAACCAACAUUUACCAUUAGCUAGAAUUUGACUUGCUAGUCAAUUACGUUAGCUACUGGAAACAAUGCUAGUCUAACCUGGCAUUAGCAAAGAAAACAGGCUAACUUAGUUAAAUAUUGCCAGUUAAGGUUAGAACAUUAGCAAAACUUAUCUCAGCAUGCUUUCAUGCCUUCUAGGGAGGCAAAGGAUAUGCCUCAUUUUUAUACUAGUCUUUGUUUACUCCAGCAUAUUGAAACGUUUUUACUUAGGUAGGGCUGGAGGGGUUCAUCCUCAAGUUCAAAACUGCAGUCUGGUCUCUAAGCCAUAUUCAGACACACACUGAUAGCUAUAGCACUAACAACUAUAAAAAGUAAAAAGUAUGUUUCUUCUUAGAAAUCUAAUUAAUUAAGAUUACAAGUGUUCAAUUUCUGUAACACUCAGGUAAAGGAUAAAUAUGCCACAAUACUAAUAAUACUUGAGUAUAGUAAAGAAGUACAGUUACUCAAGAGGGGGGAAUGGUGGCUUAGUGGUUGGCAUGUUUGCCUCACACCUCCAGGGUUGGGGACUUGAAUCCCACAUCUGCCCUGUGUGUGCGGGUUUCCUCCAGAUACUGGCAUUCCAAACUGUCCAUAGUGUGUGACCAUGGGUGUGAUUGUUCCGUGUUCCCUGGGUUGGCACCCCAUCUAGGGUGUCCCAUGCCCUGUGCCCCGAGUUCCCUGGGAUAGGCUCCAGGCUCCCCCGCAGCCCUGUGUAGGAUAAGCAGGAUGGAAAUUACUCAAAUAUUUUCCACCCCAAUCACAUGCAAGGCCUAUUUGAGAAUUUCCCCAUAGGUGGCAGUAUAAAAUCAUUCAUCCUGUUCAUCAAUAUCUUUACAUAUCUCAUUAAACCUUAAGAAAUUCACCUACUAAGCAAAACUAUUACUUUUGGUAUUUGCAGAUCUUGCAAUUUCACCUCCUGAACCAGGCAACCAAUUUAGAUAAAGCAGCGUUAAGGAAUGAGUGUGUUAAGGAAGAAAUGAUGUAACCUCAUGGCCUAAAACAGGGUUUGUGUGUGUGUGUGUGUGUGUUGAGGAGAGUGAAUGAAGCAGAAGUGAAUCAGUCCUGUGUUUCACAUACAGUGCUACCUUGCUGCUCUUACAACAUCAAGCCAAUAACUAUUUGUAGUGUUUUUUCCCAAAAUUUCCCUCUUUUGGUUAUAGUCAGUUGUUUUUUUGUUUUUUGUUUUUGUUUGUUUUUUAAAAAUUAUUCCUACAACACUGAGCCUUCAAAAAUUUAUCGUUCAGGUCUCAUUUUUGGAGGAUAUUGUAUAUAAUCUCUUUAACGUAAAUUGAGAUUAUGUGAAACUUAUAUGAUUAUUAUUAUUAUUAGAAAAUUAGUUUACUGAGUCCCAUGUUUCUCUUGAUUCUGCUUAUGAUUCUUCUUAUCUGUUCUUCCAGUGUUUUCUCUCUCUCCCAUAUAACUUAAAGGAAAUGUAUUAAGAUGUUAUCAAUAUGUUACCAAUAAAAAAAUAAUAUUGUCACCAUGAAUAA